ACUUACAUUAAAUAAUUAAACAUCAAGAGCUGAGCAGAGACCUGCAGAGCUGCAGACCAGGAGCAGAAGCAUCCUAUCUUAAGGGACACCAGCAAAAGCCAGUAACCGAAAUGACAUUCGGAAGUUUGCCAAGAGAACAUUCGAGAAGGGCAAACAUGGAGGUUCUCCUCCUCUUUGUGGCUUUGCUGCAAGGUGAGUCAACAGGAAACUCUGCAGACACCAAAGGUUCCUGCUGGAGUUUUGCUGCUCCCCAUCACUACGGAGCAGGAUGGCCAGGGCUGAUGGAGCUUUGCCUGUGUCACCCUGCUUGGGAUGGUAAGGUUCCCCAUCCAUGGGGAUGUUCACUAACUAAUGCAUUUCUUCCCUCCUUCCCCAAAGAACCAGCCUCAAGCACUUUCUAUGGGCCCAGGUUUUUGACAGGUGCAGUUGGAAGGUCCGUCACCCACCAGUGCUUCUACUCCAUCACCCCAGCCAACAAGCACGACAGAAAGUUCUGGUGUAAAAAGGGCAGAGAUGGGGUUUGCUACACCAUCAUCUCCACCACCGACUUCAUCUCAAAAGACUACAUGGGCCGAGUGGCCCUGGAGGAUGUCCCCCAGAACGGCACCUUCAUGGUGACAAUGACACAGCUGAAGACAAGUGACACAGGGUCCUACCGCUGUGGCAUCGGCCCCACCAACAGGGACCUGUUUGUCAGCCUGAACCUGACAGUAUCAGCAGGUGUGGACACACAGAGUCCAAUCAAGAUGUUCCUUGGGGAGCUCCGUGGUUCUGUCACCGUCCCCUGCCCACCUGGGGACAGCCAUGGGAGCACCAGGAGGCUGUGGUGCAGAGUGGGGAGAAGCAGCUGCAUCCUCAUUGCAGACACCAAUGGCUACGUGAGGAAGAGCUAUGAGGGACGGAUCUGUAUUACCCCUCAGGAGAGCUCUGGAGCAUUCAAAGUGCUGAUAAAUGAUUUAAGGCUGGAAGAUGCAGGGCUGUACAAGUGUGGGAUGGGCAGCCCAGCUGACUGGGACAGCUGGCAGCUGAUGGCCCUGCAGGUGACCACAGUCCCUGCCCAGCCACGGAGGGCGAAGUUUCUGCAUGGCAGGGUGGGGGGAUCACUGUCCUUCAAAUGCCACCACGACCCUGCAGGCAGCUACACCACCAAGUACCUGUGCAGGUGGAGGGAAGCCAGCUGUUCCCUGCUGGUGGACACAGAUGGGUUUGUGCACGAGUCUUACAAAGGACGCACAUGGAUCAGCAGCAGCGAGCAGGACAGUGGGAACUACACCGUAGUGAUGAGCCAACUGCAAGAGGAGGAUGCAGGGUGGUACUGGUGUGUGGCCAGGAACGGGCAUGAGGAGCACACGACCUCCAUGAAACUGAGCAUCGAGAAGGAAAACUUCACUCCACAAAACCCAGCAAGGCACAAUUCUGUGAACUCCACUUUGCCAUUAAGGUCAUCUUCCAACCAUAUAGUGGCACAGAGGAGCACCACAUGGCCAAUAUACACCAUGGGACCAACAGACACCAUGGGACCAACAAACACCAUUGGGCUGACAUACUCUGUGGGGCCAACAGACACCACUGGGCUGAGGCACACCACGAAGAUGGCAUCCAACAUGGGCACCAGCACUGAGGGCACCAGCUCCCAUCCACCAGUUCUCCCUUCCAGCACCUUUGUGACCUCCCGCAGUGAGACCUACAGCCAUAACUCAUCAGGUGGAUUCUCUCUGCUCUCCAUUGUGAUACCAGCUCUGGUCUUGCUGAUUUUCAUCAUAACCACUGCUCUCAUCCUUACCAAAAUAAAGCUUUGUAAGGAGAUGGGAGAAGGAAGAAGCACCCUGAGACAGACAGAAGCUGUGCUGAGUCCCACAGAGGAGCAAAGGAUGGAGGAACUCAGCAGCCCAGACAACACCAAUGGAUGCAAGGCAGAGUCAGGCAGACAUCGGAUAAUACGUGCUCUCCUUGGAAGGUUCGGGCAGACCAGGUUGUGUGUAAGUAUCUUCUGUUGGGUAGCAUAUAAAACCAAUGGAGGACUGGUAACACUGCUGUAGAAAACACCCAUGGAGACAUUUCCAAGCAUGGAGAUUUAUAGUGACACUUCUCCAUCACAAAAAUAACAUCCAAAUGACUGUCACAGUGAUUCAAGUAGUUUAAUGAUGGCAUUUUCCUGUUCCCAUCACGGUGCUCUUACAUCCCAGCUCUCCGAUGCUAUAAGCAGCUGUUAAUAUUUCAGAGGCAGACUGUUGCAAAGGGAAAUUGGUCGUGACAACUUGUGCCCUCUGGAACACACCAGUGUGUGGAUGCUUACGUGCUUUUCCCUCUUUUCACAGGAAUCCUUCAGUGAAAAAUACUCUUUCCAACAUGAAUGAUGGGAAUCCAGACAGGCCCCCCUUCUUCUCAGAGCACGAUGUACAUGAGCUCAGAAGCUUCUUUAUUGAAAGGCAAGGCACAGCUAUAACCUCGAAGCAAGCAGUACUUCUUUCUUCCUCCCCAUUCUGCAGCCAAAUGCCUUGCUGUGUAGUUUGUAGAGAACUAAAUGAGGCAAUUAGCCAUGCUGUUCCUGUAUGCGGACCUGGCUGUCUCCUGUAGAGUAAAGCACCCUAAUGGGGAGCUGGGCACGGAAUGGAAGGAUCCUCAGGGCUACAGGUCUUACUUUUGAGUAUCUUCAUCCUUAAGGAUUUGUUUUGCAAAGCACAAACCAUGUCGGACUUCAGUCCAACACCAAAGAUUUCAGCCCAGCAGCAGCCCAGACUACGUGCCAUACUUCAGCCUGGAAAAAAAAAAGCAAAGCAAAGCAAGGGUUGUUUGUGUUCUGGAGAUGCCAAAGUGCUUUGGCACCUGUGACUUGGCAAGACGACGUUUCCUUGUCUGUUAAAGCAAAUAUAUUUGCGUAACUCCAUCUUGUUCAGAGACAAAGGAUCAGUUUCUGGUAAAACUUCAAGGGCAAAGACAGAGGUUUGGAUAAAGCAGCUGUUAGUCCAUCAGGAACUGCCUCCUGUCCAAGGUGCCCAAGUGGCUGCAGGUCCUCACCAGCUGCUUUCAACCAGGGUUCCUCUGCCUACAGUUGUGCCACCAUUUCCAGCUCCUUCCAAGCACAUCUCUGUGCACAUCAGCAGCCAGACAGGUGGUGGGGAAGGCGACACACAGACAUCUGAAAAGAAAAGGCUCUCCUGAGAACAGGAGGUGUACAGAAAGCAAACACACCUGUGUUUAUUGUGGCCAAGUGCAAACCCCAGAGCUGCUGUCCUUCUCUAGCUCCUCAACUUUCCCUAUGAGCAGGUGAGGAAGUCUUCAUGUGGCCCUGAAUUAAACAAUAAUUAUUACCUUAUUAGAAUAAAGGAAAGCAGGUUAAUGACUCAUCCCACACAAACAAUUCAGUUGUCUCUGAUUUUGUGCUUUCAUUCAGUUCCAUUUCCAACAAUCCCACUCUUCACAAGGAACUCUUGCUUGGGACCCCUCGUGCCACAGCAGGGGAGCAGAUCAGCAAGGCUAACCAGCAGAAAACCAGUGACAAAGAUGUUUUCACCCAGAUUUGCCCCAUCAAACACUUCCUCUAUUGGUUUGGGAUGUCACAUUUUGGGUAAAUAGGUGAGCCCUGCAGAAGGAAGCUCUCCUUCUUAAUGCUAAAUGUGGCCGUGACUCAGGGUGCAAUGCUGAAGAAGGAGGGACAGGACCCCAGCACAGUCCGCACAAAGCAGACCCUUCAGUUGGCAUCAAGCUGAAUCCCUUCCCAAAGCCAGCAGAGGUACAUGGGCAGCAUCCUGAGCCAGAGCCCCCCCUUGGUUGCACAACAACAGGGUGCAACUUGGAGGCUGUGCCAAGUGCCAGCAGAACCAGGAGAGACAUUGGCUGCUCUGCUCUCACGUGGCUCAGGGCUCACUUGGGCUUGGAUGCUGUUCCCUUAAGUCACAACAGGUGGAAUUGCAGGGCUAGUAGUAUGAGUAUUUAAAACAGGCUGGCACUGCCCGAGCCUGGUGUCCUGGAAGGAGACAGGACAGACACACAGACACACACAAGGAGGUCCUGGGGUCAACCACAAAGCCAGGAGUGGUGAAGCAAAGAGAAA